GUGGUGGGUGAGUCACAUGAGAGAGGUGGAGGUGAGCUUCCGGUCCGAGUCCCAUUUGCUGGAGAAGGUUCAGUGUUUGCUCAGCUGCCGGAUCUUCCCCUCCUCCUCGUCGGUGAACUCUGAUGCUGCUGGCGCUGUCGGGGUGCCUGAGGCUCUCUGGCGCUGGGGUCGAGGCCUUUGAGGGCCUUCUGGCUGGCAGGAAAAGGUGGUGGAAGCUUGUUAUGAAAACCUGGAAUCCUCCAGCAAGACUUUUGAAGGUACUGUGAGAUGGGUUUUUUUUGAAUGAGUGGAAAGUUCACUUUUGUUGCAGAAGGAGCCAGUUAUACUACAAAAACAUUUGCAAAUCAUGAGAUCUUCCGUUGGUGCUAGUCAAGUGACCCCUACAUGGACACAGAAUCCAUUGUACAGGCAUAAAGAAAGAAAAAUAAUCAGCAAGGAUGAAUUUGAUGGCAUUUUGGAUCUCUGUGACCAUCCUGAUUCAUUCAUAACACAGUUUACGCUAGUGCCUGAGGUCAUAGUCUUCUUUGGACAUCCAGAACUCAUGGAAGAGGCAUGUGCUCUUCUUUCCCUGUCAAGUGAAGAUGUUAGCUUGCCCCAGCUCAUCUCUUAUGACGCUGCCUUUAAACUGGGUGAUUUCUAUUUGUCCCCCAUCGUCAUGAGAAACAUCAAAUUGAAAGGCGACCCAGUAUUCCCUAUUGCUUUUUUCCUCCAUAGGGAAAAAAUUACAUCAUACCAUCAAGAUUUCCUAAGUGAAAUAGUUACAAAAUUGGGGCCAGAGCAUAUGACAAAUAUACCAUUUUUGACUAAUAGAGAAAGAGGUAUUAGACAGCUCUUGGAAAGGAAAUUUCCACAUAUCCCAAAUGUGUAUCACUGGAAUUGUGUUUUGAACAAUGUCAGCACCUGGAUUAAAAAGCAUAGGAGAACCAAUGACCCUAAAGUUUUAAAAGACCACAUUACGUUGCUUUUGCAUUCAUCAUCUAAGGAAGAAUAUCAACACAAUUAUGAACAAUGUAGUCUCCUGUGGAGCCAGACCUUCAAGCAGUACUUUGAUAAAGAACUGAAGGACAUCAUACCAAACCAUGCAGCCAGAUGUUUUAUUCAGAGGUUUUCAGCCUUCAAAAAUGAUAUUUCAGCAGCCAAUAACUUUUGCGAGAGCAUGAAUAGGAUCAUAAAGAACAAAUCCGAUUGGAAGGAAAUGCCUGUAGAUUGCCUUAUACUUUCGAUGUACCAUAUGCAAAAGUUUUUUCUAUAUGAAUUCCAACGAGCAUAUUGUGGGCUUGGAAAUUAUGCACUGAAGGAACAGUUUUCAUACCUGCAGAAAACAGGAGAGUCACAGUUCCCAUCUUACUAUACUCUGGAAACAAUUGUGGACAGUAUAAAAUUGGGCAAGCCCCGUCAAGAAAACAUGUGGGGGGAAACAGAAGAUUACAAAGAAAAUCAGACUUUUCAGGCUGAAUUUUGCACUCUUCAAGAAGACAUGUGGGGGAAACCAGAAGAUUACGAUGAAAAUCAGACUUCUCUGGCUGAGUUUUGCAUAGACUCUGGGGGAGUUACCCUGUGCCCACAGACUGCUACCUUUACAGUGCGAGAUGUUACUGGCUGCAACACGCAUUCAGUGGUACUUUUUCCUGAGCCUCCCAUUUGUUCCUGUGCUAGUAGUGAGCUCUGUUACCAUAUCAUAGCAACUCUGAUGGCAAUUGGGUAUGUGGAAAGAGUGAAAGGCAGACAUAAAAGAGCCGGAAGAAAAAAGCGCAAGCAGAAUCUGUAAUCAUAACAGCACCUGACUCAUUUUGGAGUGUAUUGUAGGAUAAAAAUGUUCUGGACAACCCAGGGAAUGCUGAAGUUACACUGUGCUAGUUCAGAACUGCAGAGAACCAACACUUCAGGCUUUCUGUCAGAUGAACCGUUUCUAACAGUCUACCCCCAGCACAAGAGACAGAUAAGAGAUGAUUCCUGGAACAGAGCAGCAACAAAAAUGAACAGAUGUUAAAGUGUACACCUUUACAAUGUCAGAGUAUCACUGAAGUUUGGAGCAUAGUGUUGGGAUCAAAAUUAGUCUGCCCAUUGUAUAUAUCACAGGGUGACUCUUGGUAACAGUUUAUACAUGUACACUGAUAGAUACAGCUAUAUACCCUUUCCUGGAGAGCUGUUUGGCUAGCAGUAUGGAUACUUUACUGGUUCUGUUCAAAACUGAAGUCACCAUUUCUGGGGCCCUCCUCCUACUUACAAGGGUGGUGUUUAAUGCAUUCCAGUAUUUUUUUUUCUUAGUUUCUUGUUUUUAUUUGUACCUUUGUAUUUCAUCUUUGUUUCAACAUGAAAGAAAAUAUUUCAGGCUAUCAUCAUAAAGGGUUUUUUUUAAUCAUCCUGUAUGGAAUGCCAAGGAGGUGGCGUAAAUUGUAGUACAUAGGACUUUUGUUUAGGCUGGGUGUUCACAUUUACAAGGUGAAAGGAAAUAAUGUGUAAUACAUUGUUAAAAUAAAAGUAUUUUUUGCUGA